GCGCGCGACCCUGGUUGUGGUUGUGGUUGUGUCAGCGGCGCGAGGAUCCCGGGGGAGAGCAAAACAUUUAUCAUCACAAUGCGUUUGGUUAUUCUUGAAGACUAUGACAAAGCCAGUGAAUGGGCAGCCAAGUACAUUUGCAAUUCAAUUGUUCAAUUCAAGCCUGGCCCAGGCCGAUAUUUUACUUUGGGUUUACCCACAGGGAGCACACCUGCUGGAUGUUAUAAAAAGCUGAUUGAAUAUUAUAAGAAUGGUGACCUCUCCUUUAAAUAUGUGAAGACAUUCAACAUGGAUGAAUAUGUUGCACUUCCGAGGGACCAUCCAGAAAGCUACCACUCCUAUAUGUGGAAUACCUUUUUCAAGCAUAUUGAUAUAGACCCAAAGAAUGCUCAUAUCCUUGAUGGCAAUGCACCAGAUCUGCAGGCAGAGUGUGAUGCUUUCGAACGGAAGAUUGCUGAAGCUGGAGGAAUUGUACUGUUUGUCGGAGGUAUUGGUCCUGAUGGACACAUUGCUUUCAAUGAGCCUGGAUCAAGUCUGGUAUCAAGAACAAGGGUGAAAACAUUAGCGAAAGAAACCAUUCUGGCAAACGCAAGGUUUUUUGAUGGUGACUUGUCAAAAGUACCUACCAUGGCAUUAACUGUAGGUGUUGGAACAGUGAUGGACGCCAAAGAGGUUAUGAUUCUCAUCACAGGAGCACACAAGGCAUUUGCAUUGUACAAGGCAAUAGAAGAGGGAGUAAAUCACAUGUGGACCGUUUCUGCCUUCCAGCAGCACCCUCAUACCACUUUUGUUUGUGAUGAUGAUGCGACCUUGGAACUUAAAGUUAAAACAGUGAAGUAUUUCCAAGGUUUGAUGCAUGUACACAAUCAACUUGUGGAACCAUUGCACAGUAUGAAAAGUUACAAUGACUAAAAAAAAUGAAUAGCAACCUUCCUGUGAUGGACGAUUGAUUAAAAUUCCAAGGACUUUAAGUGGAAUGCAAAGCAGUCUGAUUUUAUAUUAAUAAAUUGCUGUAACUAAAACAAUUUAAUUUCUUUUUGUAAAAGUAAUAUUCAAACGUUCCUCAAGUCUCACAUCUCACUCUCUUGUUGAGGAUUCUUACUACUCUGGAGACACUUGAUCUCUUCCAAGUGUUCAUAGCAGUGAGGCCUUAUAAAUCAUGGGUGUAAACAAAACAGAAGCAAGAGUAAUCCACUAGUGUUUGCAAAGAAUAAUUCCUUUCUUUACAGCAUACUGUAAAGAACUUUGCAAAUUCAUGAAGAUUGUUGCCCCUAAGCCUUGUUCUUCCCAUUUAAGUGGUAUGUGAGCUAAAAUCUGUAUGCAGUACGACUGAAAAGGUUUCCAGUAUUGUUUUCUCAGCGCGUGCAUUUUUGAUUAAACAUUUAACUUUCAUUUGUUAUUUGCUGCAUUGAAAAAGCUGUUGGAAAAAAAGUCUCAAAUCUAUGUGGCAAAUGUAUUCCAAUAAUUCCAUCUAACUAGUGUAAUAGAUCAAAACAAAUUGUACAUUCAUGCAUCCUCAUCUGUCAUAAUUGCAUAAUUUUUUUACUUUUGAGCUGUGUUUAUAACUGGAAUUAAGAUUCCAAAAUGUAAAUCUUGCAGAUGGUUUGCAAAAUACAUACCUCAUGAAUAUUUUGCAAGUUAAGUUUUUAAAACCUUUCAUAUCUAUUAUAGAUUUCUUGUCCCAUUCCAAAUAUUUAUUGCUUCAGUAGUACAUUGUAUCUUUCAUUAUACAAUAACAACUGUUACUUUGGUUCCUGUGUACAUUGUGCUGUUAGGGCAUUGAUGUGAACUUUGGUAUUUUAAUCAUGAACUCAGUUUCAACUGUAUUGUUACUCAAUCUUAAUAUGAUUGCUUCUGACCAUUGGAACAUAAUUUGGAAAAGCUAUUUGUGCUUUUUUUAAUUAAAUAGCUUGAGGUGCCAAUAACAUUAGAUGCAUUUAUGUACUGUCGGAUCAUUUCCUUUACAUUUUAGCUGGAUUAUUUCAGAAAUUCGAAUUUGGAAUCUAAUUUAACCACUUAAUUAUCGAAGUUGAUCUCUUUGGUUAUCUAAUGGUAAUUAGUUUAGAUAGAACACAUAUUUCUAUCCAGUGUUACCAAGUAUCUGCAUUAAAAACUGCAUCAUGUUCUUGUAGAUCUGAACAAACUUAUUUUAACAAUAUAGCUGUUCUUUUCCUUCAGAAUGCCAAAUGAUAUUAUUUACUAGGUAAUCUGAUCAAGCUAAUGAGAAUUGAAGGAUUGUGAAUUAUAUUUCUUUAUUUUUUAAAAUAUAUACAGUGCAUGUCAUAUACCUAUUUGAAACAGGUUUUCUGAGGGACAAAAUUGUGUAUUAUAAAACAUUAUUGUUCCAUAGGUUAUCGUUAUGCCUUAAUCUAAUAAAACUGUGCAAGUAUUUUUCAUCUCAAUAAAAAAUUUUUAUUAUUUUC